AUGAGUGUUGAAGAAGCGAAUGAUACGUCUUCUGCUUCAUCGAGUGUUCCCGCGUACCAUGGGUUUGACUCUAAAGCGCAGGAGCAUGUUAAGCAGCUUGCUCGCACGUUGAGUCAACAGAGUGGGAUCGAUGUCAAUGAUGGAAAAGAUGAGGAUCGUGCUGCGGACGGGAAUAUGGCUGACCGGUAUUCUAUCUUCUCGAAUAUGUCGAAGUCUGGUGUGAAUCCCGUUUUUGACUCCGAGGAUGGACAUUAUGAUGAGAGAUUGGAUCCUACUUCAGAUCAAUUUGUGAGUGCAGCUUGGAUUAAGAAUAUGUCGUAUUUGGCCCUGGCUGAUCCCGAUUAUUACAAACCUUAUUCUUUGGACUGUUGUUGGAAAGAUUUGAGUGCUUCUGGUGCUUCUGCGGAUGUUGCGUAUCAGUCUACCAUUAUGAAUUUGCCUCGUAAAGUUGUAAGCUCUGUUUGGAGGUCAAUUGUUCCUGCAAAGGAAGCUAAUACGUUCCAAAUUUUGAAACCAAUGGAUGGUAUCAUCAACCCUGGUGAAUUACUUGUUGUGCUGGGAAGACCAGGUUCUGGUUGUACUACGCUUUUAAAAUCGAUUUCUGCGAAUACUCACGGGUUUAAGGUCGGUAAGGAAUCUCACAUUGCUUACAAAGGUCUUUCGCCCGCAGAUAUUAACAAACAUUUCCGUGGUGAAGUUGUUUACAACGCAGAAGCAGAUAUCCAUUUACCACAUUUGACAGUGUACCAGACGUUGUUGACAGUAGCUCGUCUAAGAACUCCACAGAACCGUAUUAAAGGUGUUUCUAGAGAAGCCUGGGCGAACCACGUGACUGAGGUAGCCAUGGCAACCUACGGUCUCUCACAUACUAGAAACACCAAAGUCGGUAGUGAACUGGUUAGAGGUGUCUCUGGUGGUGAACGUAAGCGUGUUUCUAUUGCAGAGGUGACUAUUUGUGGGUCCAAGUUCCAAUGUUGGGAUAACGCUACUAGAGGGUUGGAUUCUGCUACUGCACUUGAGUUUGUACGUGCUUUGAAAACUCAGGCUGAUAUUACGAAUACUGCGGCUACCGUGGCCAUUUAUCAAUGUUCUCAGGAUGCUUACGAUCUAUUCGAUAAAGUCUGUGUGUUGAGUGAAGGAUAUCAAAUCUAUUUCGGACCUGCAAAGGAGGCUAAGAAGUAUUUCCAGGAUAUGGGUUACUACUGUCCUGAUAGACAAACUACGGCUGAUUUCUUGACGGCUGUGACAAGUCCCGCAGAGAGAAUUAUUAACGAAGAAUUCACCAAUAAACGUAUCGCUGUGCCUCAAACGGCAGCUGAAAUGUCCGAGUACUGGAGAAAUUCGCCAAAUUACAAACGUUUGCUCCAACAAAUUGACACUAAAAUGACUGAGAACGAUGAAGAUGAGCGCCAACGUAUCAAGGAUGCGCACGUAGCAAGACAGUCCAAGAGAGCUAGACCUUCUUCCCCAUACACUGUUAGUUACAUGAUGCAGGUGAAAUACUUGUUGAUUCGUAAUAUAUGGAGAAUUAAAAAUAGUUCCUCGAUCGCAUUGUUCCAAGUCAUCGGUAAUUCGGUGAUGGCUUUCAUUCUAGGUUCCAUGUUUUACAAGAUUAUGUUGAAGGAUACUACUGAUACCUUCUAUUUCCGUGGUGCCUCCAUGUUUUUUGCCAUUCUGUUCAAUGCAUUUUCUUCUUUACUGGAAAUUUUCUCUCUUUACGAGGCUAGACCUAUCACUGAGAAACACAGAACUUAUUCUCUGUAUCAUCCAAGUGCCGAUGCUUUCGCUUCGGUUCUUUCUGAGGUCCCCACUAAACUAAUCACCUCCGUCUGUUUCAACAUUAUCUUCUAUUUCUUGGUGAAUUUCAGAAGAAACGGUGGACGGUUUUUCUUUUACUUCCUGAUUAAUAUCAUCGCCACUUUCACCAUGUCUCAUCUUUUCAGAUGUGUUGGUUCCUUAACAAAGACUUUGACAGAAGCUAUGGUUCCCGCUGCCGUUUUACUGCUAGCUUUGGCCAUGUUCACAGGUUUUGCUAUCCCAGAAACAAAAAUGUUGGGUUGGUCUAAAUGGAUUUGGUACAUCAAUCCUCUUUCCUAUCUGUUCCAAUCUUUAAUGGUAAACGAGUUCCAUGGACGGAGAUUUGUUUGUACUACAUUCGUGCCUAGCGGUCCUGCCUACCAGAACAUUUCUGGUACAGAAAGGGUUUGUGGUGCUGUUGGUGCUGAACCAGGUGCUGAUUAUGUCCUUGGUGAUGCGUUCUUGAAGGUCAGUUACAACUACGUCAACGAACACAAAUGGCGUGGGUUUGGUAUCGGUCUUGGUUACGUGGUUUUCUUCCUAGCUGUUUACUUAUUUUUAUGUGAAGUUAAUCAAGGUGCGAAACAAAAGGGUGAAAUUCUGGUUUACCCAUUGAACGUGGUUCGCAGAUUAAAGAAAGAGCGUCAACUGCAUAGCAAAACUGCCGCUGGUGAUAUUGAGAAAGCUGGCGGCGAGGAUUCCGCUAUUUCCGACAGGAAGAUGUUGCAGGAGUCUUCUGAGUCCAGUUCAACUGACGAAGAAGGUGGAUUAAAUAAAUCUAAAGCUAUCUUUCAUUGGAGAAAUUUGUGCUACGAUAUCAAGAUCAAGAAGGAAGAUAGGCGUAUCUUAAACAACGUCGAUGGUUGGGUUAAACCUGGUACUUUGACCGCUCUAAUGGGUGCAUCUGGUGCUGGUAAAACUACUUUACUAGAUUGUUUGGCUGACAGAACCACAAUGGGUGUGAUCACCGGUGAAAUUUUCGUCAAUGGUAGAUUACGUGAUGAAUCGUUCCCAAGAACCAUUGGUUACUGUCAACAACAAGAUUUACAUCUAAAGACUUCCACUGUGAGGGAAUCUCUAAGAUUCUCUGCCUACUUGCGUCAACCUGCCAAGGUCUCCAUUGAGGAGAAAAAUAAGUAUGUUGAAGAAGUUAUCAAGAUUUUGGAAAUGGAACAUUAUGCCGAUGCUGUUGUUGGUGUUGCUGGUGAAGGUUUGAACGUCGAACAAAGAAAGAGAUUGACCAUCGGUGUUGAACUUGUCGCCAAGCCAGCACUUUUGGUUUUCUUAGAUGAGCCUACUUCUGGUUUGGAUUCGCAAACAGCCUGGUCCAUUUGUCAAUUGAUGAGAAAGUUGGCCAAUCAUGGUCAAGCAAUUUUGUGUACCAUUCAUCAACCUUCUGCCAUGUUAAUGCAAGAGUUUGAUCGUUUACUAUUCAUGCGUCGUGGUGGUGAAACGGUUUAUUUCGGAGAUUUGGGUGAGGGAUGUACAACCAUGAUCAACUAUUUCGAGAGUCACGGUUCGGGUAAAUGCCCACCAUCCGCAAACCCUGCGGAAUGGAUGCUGGAAGUUGUUGGUGCUGCCCCAGGUAGUCACGCUAACCAGGAUUAUCAUGAGGUUUGGAGAAAUUCUGAAGAGUACAAGGCUGUACAAGAAGAACUGGAUAGCAUGGAAAGAGAGCUACCCAAUACCACGGGCCAGCUCAUUGAUGAUGAUGAAAGGCACAAGGCAUAUGCUGCAUCAUUGAUGUAUCAGAUUAAGAUGGUCAGUGUCCGUUUGUUCGAACAGUACUACAGAUCUCCAGACUAUCUAUGGCCCAAGUUCUUUUUAACCAUUUUCAACAAUCUCUUCAUUGGUUUCACUUUUUUCAAAGCUGAUAGAUCAAUGCAGGGUAUGCAAAAUCAAAUGCUGUCCAUCUUCAUGUACACGGUUAUUUUCAACACUUUACUUCAACAAUACCUGCCUGCCUUCGUUCAACAAAGAGAUUUGUAUGAGGCAAGAGAACGUCCAUCAAGAGUUUUCUCCUGGAAAGCGUUCAUUACUUCGCAAAUUCUUGUGGAAGUACCAUGGAACAUACUGGCAGGGACGCUGGCUUUCCUGAUUUACUACUACCCUGUCGGUUUCUAUGCAAAUGCUUCGGCUGCAGGACAAUUACACGAGAGAGGUGCGCUUUUCUGGUUAUUCUCCAUUGCUUUCUACGUUUACAUUGGUUCAAUGGGUAUACUCUGUAUUUCAUUCAUGGACUUAGCUGCAUCAGCAGCCAAUUUAGCCUCUUUGCUGUUUACGAUGUCAUUGUCAUUCUGUGGUGUUUUGGCUACAUCACAAGCGAUGCCACGUUUCUGGAUUUUCAUGUACAGAGUUUCUCCGCUAACGUACUUUAUCGAUGCUCUAUUGGCUCUCGGUAUCGCUAACGUUAACGUUGAAUGUUCAGAUUACGAAUACUCUAAAUUUGCACCCGCUGGCGGUCAAACAUGUGGUGAAUACAUGGCUCCUUAUAUCCAGAUGGCUGGUACAGGUUACUUGGCAGAUCCUAUGGCUACUGACGAAUGUAGGUUCUGUCAAUUUUCGAAGACUAACGAUUUCUUAGCCACUGUCAGUUCUAAUUACGACAGAAGAUGGAGAAAUUAUGGUAUCUUCAUCUGCUAUAUCGCUUUCGACUAUAUUGCAGCUGUCUUCCUCUACUGGCUCUCCAGAGAACCAAAGAAGACUAAGCUUGGUAAGAAAAAGCAACAAUAG